UUUUUUUUUUUUCCCUCCCCUUCCCUGUUUAUCCUGAAAAGGAUUUGAAGACAGCUUGAAGGAUAAAAAGCCUUGGUGCUUCCCGGGGGCCGAGCCGAGGAGAAGAGGAAGAGCCGGGGGCUUCCGUAGCCUUCGGAGAUGGACGAGCAGCCCAGGCUGAUGCAUUCCCAUGCUGGGGUCGGGAUGGCCGGACACCCCGGCCUGUCCCAGCACUUGCAGGAUGGGGCCGGAGGGACCGAGGGGGAGGGCGGGAGGAAGCAGGACAUUGGAGACAUUUUACAGCAAAUUAUGACCAUCACAGACCAGAGUUUGGAUGAGGCGCAGGCCAGAAAACAUGCUUUAAACUGCCACAGAAUGAAGCCUGCCUUAUUUAAUGUGUUGUGUGAAAUCAAAGAAAAAACAGUGUUGAGUAUCCGGGGAGCCCAGGAAGAGGAGCCCACAGACCCCCAGUUGAUGCGGCUGGACAACAUGUUGUUAGCCGAGGGGGUGGCCGGACCCGAGAAGGGUGGAGGCUCGGCGGCAGCGGCGGCCGCAGCGGCCGCGUCCGGGGGGGCAGGCUCAGACAACUCGGUGGAGCAUUCUGACUACAGAGCCAAACUCUCACAGAUCAGACAAAUCUACCACACGGAGCUGGAGAAGUAUGAGCAGGCCUGCAACGAGUUCACCACCCAUGUGAUGAACCUCCUUCGAGAGCAGAGCCGGACCAGACCCAUCUCCCCGAAGGAGAUCGAGAGGAUGGUGAGCAUCAUCCACCGCAAGUUCAGCUCCAUCCAGAUGCAGCUCAAGCAGAGCACGUGCGAGGCAGUCAUGAUCCUGCGUUCCCGGUUCCUGGAUGCACGGCGGAAGAGACGGAAUUUCAACAAGCAAGCGACAGAAAUCCUGAAUGAAUAUUUCUAUUCCCAUCUCAGCAACCCUUACCCCAGUGAGGAAGCCAAAGAGGAGUUAGCCAAGAAGUGUGGCAUCACAGUCUCCCAGGUAUCAAACUGGUUUGGAAAUAAGCGAAUCCGGUACAAGAAGAACAUAGGUAAAUUUCAAGAGGAAGCCAAUAUUUAUGCUGCCAAAACGGCUGUUACUGCCACCAAUGUGUCAGCCCAUGGAAGCCAAGCUAACUCACCCUCCACUCCCAACUCAGCGGGUUCUUCCAGUUCUUUUAACAUGUCAAACUCUGGAGAUUUGUUCAUGAGCGUGCAGUCACUCAAUGGGGAUUCUUACCAAGGGGCCCAGGUUGGAGCCAACGUGCAAUCACAGGUGGAUACCCUUCGCCAUGUUAUCAGCCAGACAGGAGGAUACAGUGACGGACUCGCAGCCAGUCAGAUGUACAGUCCGCAGGGCAUCAGUGCUAAUGGAGGUUGGCAGGAUGCUACUACCCCUUCAUCAGUGACCUCCCCUACAGAAGGCCCUGGCAGUGUUCACUCUGAUACCUCCAACUGAUCUCCCAGCAAUCGCAUCCCGGCUGACCCUGGGCCCCAGUUGGGGCAGGGGCAGGAGGGAGGGUUUCUCUCCCAACGCUGAAGCGGUCAGACUGGAGGUCGAAGCAAUCAGCAAACACAAUAAGAGUCUCCUUCUCUUCUCUUCUUUGGGAUGCUAUUUCAGCCAAUCUGGACACUUCUUUAUACUCUCUUCCCUUUUGUGUUUUGUUUUGUUUUGCUUUGUUUUUUCUGGGUAGAAGCCACCCUUCCCUGCCUUCAACUGUCAGCCUGGUUUUCAUCAUCUUCCCUGUCCCCUGCCCUCUGUGCUAGACUUCCGGGGUCCCUGUCCUCUAUUACAUCACUGAAGGAUAUUUUUAACAAUUAGGAGAAUUUAAAGAUGAAAAAAUCCACAGAGAAAAAAUAAUAAUAAUAAAAGUCUUUGUAUGUUUUCAUGCUGGUGGUUUGAGGAGCCAAAUUUACCUCACUCUGAUCCCUCAUCCCUACGUUAACAGGAAAUCCCUCUCUGUCUCUCUUGUUGUUCUCACUACCUCUUAACCAGGAAUAUGCCACAUUGCCCUACUCAUUCCAGAUCACUCUACUCCUCUUUGUUCCUCCUCCCCGGGGACAACACUUAUUGAAAUACUUUCUUCUGCUUCCUUCUGGUCCUAGGUAUUUCUUUGGGACUGCUGGGCUUGUAAAAAGUGCCACAUUUUCCAGUUUCAGCUCUACUAGGUUGCUUCCCAGGCAAGAAGUCAGGCAGCAGGGGAGGGUAGAAGGAAGAGUAGGACAGGAUUCUUCUGGCUUUCUCAUCUUCCUAACCACAGCUCUUGGUUUCAGAGGUACAAUCUUUGGAGACCAUUCAACACUUAGGUAACAGUGUUCAGAACCUACUGCAAACCAGGUUUAGCAUAGUGCUAAAUGCUACAUCAGCUAGGACUAGAAGCACCUGAUCGUGACAAGCUUUAACUAUCCCUCCAUACGCGUGCACACACAUGCACACAAACACAUUUAGACACAUGCACACUUUCACAUGCUCUCUUUCUAAACAUGUCACACACAAAUACAUACAUUAGUAAUGACAGCACUCUGCCUGACAAGCUUGAGAAAGGGAAAGGAAUGAUCUUCAGAGUGAAAGCCACCCAUAUGGAGAAGCCUGCGGCUUCUAGACCCUGUAGACAUAAACUUACCAGAAUGGCAUGCCCAUGACUUUACUGUGAUGAAGGCCAGGUCUCCAGCAUACAGUAAUCCUGUCCACCCCACCUCAGGGAACUACAGAAAGUACUUCCAAUGUCUAUCAUGGAUUUGGUUUUUUUGUUUUGUUUUUGUUUUUGUAUUUAGGCACAGUGCAUUAUCCAAAACAUCAUACUGUACCAUGUUCUUGACCUUGGUCUCUUCCUCUGGAGGAGUGUUGUAAGAACAUGGUUUAGGUGAGCUUAUAGCUAGCCUAAUUUGAAGACAUGAGGGUUGUGGGAAAGGGGCCAUAAUGUUUUCACUGAAAACAUCACGUUAAUUUGUGCUCACUGAGAUUGUGUAACAAAACUGCAUCCAAUGGAAAGCUAUUCUCAAAUUCCACCUGAGCUAACAUUCUUGAGAGCCAUUUCAGCCAGCAAUAAAGAUCACAGCUUUGCCCGGUUGAGUCAGUGGGAGGUGGAUGGAUCUCUUGGUGCAAUUUCUUCAUCUAUAAACUGAGGUUUGCUAUGCAGAACCCUCUGCACAAAAGGGUUUGUAAAAAAAAAAAAAAAGAUUUUGUUCAUUUUCAGUAGUUAAGCAGGUUCAUGGUUUGUCAGGACAAUAUUGAUUUUCUUGACUCAAAUUCUGGUUACCAUCAGUACCCAGAUAUCAUCACCAUGCUGACGGGGGGUUGGGGGAGGAGACUUGUUUUGUUUGAUUUAAUUUUGGUGUUUGGUUUCUUAAGAAAGAGAAAAACCUCAAGCUAGAAAAAGUAGUGUCUGGUCCUGUUUGUUCUUAAAUCCCAUAUGUGGCCUUGCAAAGUACCUGUCCUCUAGCACAUUUGCUCCCCUUGAGAGGCUUCCAGGAGGCGGUGCCAGACCCUAAGGGCCAAGGAUGGCUAGUCAACAAAGUCAUGAAAUUCUGCAUGGUACUUCAGUAAUGUGCAUUUGGGGGAACCAGGGAUACUACCUAAACAAUUUUUAGAAAUGUGGAUGUGGAUGAAAUGGCAAAAUGGCAAAAAUGAAAGCAUAUCUAGAUGAUCAAGGCCACUAGAAAGUCCAUCCCUACUAAAUUGUGGCAUAGUCAGAACAGGUCUAGAUCAAUCAGGUUUCUAGAAGAAAUGUCUUUGGGACAACUCUUUAGUGAUGAGAACCAGAAGAGAAGUUUUUCUCAGUGGCAGGAAUAUAUUGUAACUAUUCAUACAGGAAUAUGCUUGAGUCACCUCACUUGAUCAGGACAAAGUACAAAAAAAAAAGACAACAAUGACAAAAAACACAAGGAAAACAAAAAGAAUGGCUCCCAGAUCUAGAUUGAAUGUCACUUCACUUCAUGGGACAAAAAGAAAUCAGAGCAGUGCUACAUUUGCAGACAGUUCCCUUUCCCUUCCCAGCAGUACACCUUACACAGCACCUUCCCCUUCAAGCACCUCACUUAGGGGUCUCCUUUGUACCUACAAUCUCCUUUGCAAAGUACUCUGUCACUUCCAACAUGGCGGCAGCCAUGCGCUUUCUCUGCAUUAUGCUAGACCUGAGAAUACUGGCAGGCUAAUUGUGUGGAUGGGAAGAGCAUGUCUCUGGAAAUAACUUCCUGGAAUUCAUAUCAGGUCAACUCCAGACACCCAAGCUGUACCCCAGGAUUCCUUCAUUUUCUAAUGGAAGUGGGGGAACUCCCAUUUUCUCUGACAGCAAACUUCCCCAGAUGAAUGAUUCUAGACUUUGGGUUUGCUCACUUUGGAACUCUUCAUUACAUCUUACCCCUCAUCCCUAACUCCUUCCUCUGGAGUGAACUAGACUCUAGUACAGUACUUACGCUCACUGGCCCCUUCUUUAAAUUUUAUUUUUCCUUUUGCUGUUGUGGUUGUUUUUAAUUUGCUGGUUGCCUCUUCUCACAUCUUUCUUUUUCCUCACUUUACUUCUGCUCUUUAUUUUUCUGCCCAGAAAAACCUGACUUCGAUACCAAAAAAGAUGAAACUACAGAAAUUCAAAUUUAAAAGAAAAAACUGAAAAAAAAAACAAAAAAAUACUCGACGAUUCUUUCAGCUUUAUUAACAUUUUCCAUUGUUUUCUUGCGACUUGUGUCUUGUUCUUUGUAGUAUUGAUUGAACAUUUGAUAAUGAAUGUUCUUGUAUAUUCAGAUAAAAGAAAAAAACCAAAAAAGCGGUCUGAAUUUAAUAGUGUUUAUAAUAAAAAAAUUUUAAAAAAUGACCCUCCUUACAGCACGUAAAACAGGAUGGGGAAUUUGCCCCUUCUUUCUGUGACCAUUGCACCAUGCAUCAUUCCUGCAUUCGUUUUUAACACCAAACUACCUACAUUCAUUUCCCCCAUUUUUCUUUUAUUUUCUUGCAUUUGUGAAUUAGUUCAAGAAUGCUAGAAAAGUGUCGAGUUGUGCACAUCCAUUUCCUGUUUCACAAUGUUUAAAAGUGACGGUAAUUCAUUUUGUAAACUUAAAAAAAAAAAGGUUGGAAUAGUGAGCAUAUAGGUACAACCUAACAAGUUAUUAUGUUUAUUAACUUUGAGACCCAAGAAUAAAUUCUUUUCUUUUCUUUAUUCAUGCUCUUAAAAAAAUACAAAAAAAAAAAAAAGGUUUAGUUUUGUGUUAUUUUUGGUUUGUUUAUUUGAGUGGGGAGGGCUUUUUUAAUUGUCAGGAUUAUAAUCUUGCUGUUUUUAUUCCUUAAAUAUGUAUACAAGGUGAUGUGAAAAGAUGACAUGGUAGAGUAGGCUUUCCUUGUUCUACUUUGCUUCAGAAUUCAGUUGAUGUCAAUGAUAAUAAUAAAGCCCAUGUGGACAUCUCCCCGCUUAUCUGUGUUUCCAGAGUGACUGACACUCUUGCAGUUCCUCAGAAAUAUAAUCAGGGACUUGCUUCUACUUUUGGCUUUUCAAAAAUUCAAGUACUCAGCCCAAAGUAUCUUCUUAUACUGUAAGAAAAGGGUUUUGCCUUUGUUAAUUCUGAAUGUCAAAAUCAAGUGCUUUCUUUCUCCCCAAUUGAUAGCAUUCCAUGAGAGGCCUCUUCUGACUACACAGGAUUUUUCUUCUAGAAGAAUCCACAAGAGGUACUGGUAUGAUGAACACUACUGUAAUCAGAUGCUGUGUCCAGUCAGGCUGCUGAUUCUGAAUGAAGAGUUGGUGAAAAAUUAAGCCAGACUUGAUGCUGUAGAUUUCAUGCUCAGAAAUUAAGUUUGGUGUGCUGAAGUCCUCUGAAUUAAAUGGAUGCUUAAAGCUGGCUUGAUUUGGAAUGUUUUUAUUAGUUAAAAGAAUAAAGAAAGCAAUAUUGUCUGGGGGGGAACAAAACAAUUUUAGACACUACUCAUUGAAUAAGUUAUAUGGUCAGAAAGCUAGAAUUUCUGUCAGAAAAGUGAAGAAAGAAUGUUGAGUGGUUGUGGAAUGCUUCAGGAAGCAUUUUCCACCCCAACGCUGAGCUCUUGUUUGUAAAUUCUAACAAAAUAAUAAGGAGCUUUUCACAUCACCUUUGUGGUUUCAAUCCCUGGCUCAAAGCUUUUCAGAAACCUCUGGGGUUUUUUUUUUGUAAACCUUCUUUCCCUAUUGUUAAAAUAAAAACAUUGAAUAUCCCUCCUCACCUGCCUUUCUCUCUUACUUCUUUUCUUCCAUUUUGGCAUUUUCAUUUUGAAGUGCUUUUCUUUGGUUGUUGAUUUUAUUUCCCUCUUCCUCUCCCCUCCUUUUUUCUUGUUAUUCAGAGUAUAAACCUGCAAAGCUCUGCUCUGUUUUGGUUUUGAAAGUUUAAGCUUUUCUGCUUCUGUGAGAGCACAGGCUUCUGGCCCUUUUGAUUCCAACUGAACUUUUUGUGUUCUCUAAUGAUACUAACACGGUGUAGGUUUUACAGUCUCCUAAUUUGUACUGGUAAUGCAUAUUCCAAAUAAAUAGUUUCUUUUGUUGCAAAAA